AUGUGCAUCGUGGAGGAGGACUCCCCGACAUCUCUGCUCGUUGGUCGAGAGGACGGCUCCAUUGAGCUUUACGCCUCCAGCGACGCCGCGUGCUUCGGCAAGCCGCUGCUGACGCUGUACGGCCACACCAAGGCCGUCACAGCCUUCUUUGCCUCAUUCCCUGAGGAGGUCGUUACCUGCUCCAUGGACGGUACGGUGCGCCAGUGGUCCACCAACCGAGAGGAGGAGGAAACAAAGCGGUGCUUAAAGACGUCGAAGGUGGCCACCCCACUGCGGUGCCUUCUGGUGCAUGAUGGUACGUUUUACACGGGCGGUGAUGAUGGCUGCCUUCACGUCAUUGAAGGAUCGCGGCGGGUCUCGUGGGCGGGACACAGCGGCGUCCUCUCGUGCAUCACCGUUGUCAGCGGCGACUCGCAGCACCUGAUCACUGGCGGCUACGAUAAUCAAAUUCGCGUCUGGGACACAAGGCUUGGCAAAACCAUCCGAUUGCUUCUGGGUCAUCAGAAUCACGUCAAGUGUCUGCGUGUUAUUGGGGAUGGAGAAUUGCUCCUCUCGUUUGGAUGCGAUCUCACGAUGAAGGUUUGGCGACUGCCGGAGUUUGACGAGGAAAACACAGAGGACGCCGCCCCCGUUGCUGCUGACACCAACCGCCACGCAACCGUCUCCUUCACGGACCCAAGAGAAUCUGAAGGCGUGAUGGAGCUUUCCACCUCCGCGGGAGCAGAUGGUGGGGAAGAGUCGGGAGAGGUGAAAGACGGCGCCUUAGUCGGCAAUGAGGAGAGUAACAAUAUUGUGGAUGCCCUGGUCACCGAUCAUUACCAUGCGGCAGUGGAAGCCACAAAGGCGGUGAGGUCUGCCAUCAAGACACGCCCGGAUCCACCGAUUCGACAACUGCGGCCUGUGGGCACGAUUGAAAUUCCAGAGGUGCCUCACGUUGUGGCUGCCGUAAGUAACGAGGCGGUUUACUGCUACAUCGGCGCCUCGGAAGGGUACGUGUUUGGCAUUAAUGUGCGUGCGUUGUCGCGUUCUGUGUUGCAGUUUCUUUCACGCAAUUCAGCGAAAGUGCGGGCAGACAUCCGUGAGACUCGCAUGACACUGCAGUUGUCGAUACGCGCCAUUAAGAAACGAUGCAAAAGGGCGGUUCAGGGAAAGAAACUGGAAUUGCUGCGCGCGGCGAGAAAUACUCGGGCUGCAAAGAAGGCAGAGGAGCGAAAGGAACGCGCAGCUGCACGUGCCGCUGCGCGGGCCGCACGUGCGGCCGCGCGUGUUGAGGAGGAAGAAGAAGAUGAAGAGGAGGAGAAUGUGGAUGAGAUGCCAGACACCGAGGAGGAAGAGGUGACCGAGGAAGAGGAGGAGGAAGAAGAGGAAGAUCCUCUCGCCCUCUUAGAUGAGGCGCAGCGUGAGGAGCUUACAACCUUUUGGGGGGAGCAAGAAAAGGAGCGCGACGACGAGAUCGAAUCCCUGCGCAGCGCGGCGAGAGAACGAAAUAAGGCGGUUGAAAAAGUCGGGCUUGCCACGUAUGACACCUCUCGCGAUCAGUUCUUUUGCUUGAGUUUCACAAGCUACAAAAAGAUUGGUGGUGAGGCGGUGCUCGGGUUAGUGGCGUUGCCAGGUGGUAGCUGCUGCGCCGCCCAGGCGGACCGCGUCAAAUCUGUAGACACCACGCCCGGUAUCACAUACCUGUAG